UUUCUUUACAAUAUGUUUGAGUAAAUUAUUUAUUUUGUCCGGCCCAAUCGUCCGAAGGGCCAAAAAAUACGGAAACAGACGAGCAGCAACAUGGACGAACUCUGACCUCACGAACUGCUACUGCCGACGCGGCGACGCUUGUCGGUUGCCGCCUGCCGCCUGCCGCCUGCCGCCUGCCGGAUUUCGUCAAUUUCUUAUUCCUCAAUCCUCAGGCCUCACCCUUCUUGUGCUGCUUGGUGCAGAGUCGCCUACUAGCCUUCAGCCCCUCACGGCUUCACUGCCUGUCUGCCUCAGGCCUUACCAAUCAGAGAAAGCCUUCAUGCUCUUGACUCUUCAGGUGAGCCCGGCCCCCCCGUAGUUCCUUAUUUCUUAAUUUAGAAUUUUAGUUGAUUAUUUAAAAAAAAUACUUUAGUUGAUUAGUUUAUACUUUUAUUAAUUCAUUUGAAGUUCCAAUAUUCAAUUAAUGAUUGAUGAUUCUGAUGAUUCUUGGUCUUUGAUUUGUUUAUAAUAAUUUCGUUUUUAUUAAUUAAUUGAUUUCUUGGUUGUUGAGUAUUCAUAAACUUUUAGUUCAUAUUCUUAAUUAUUGAUAGUUAAUUAGUUAUCUAUUGACCGGGUCGCUCGCCGCUACUGAACUAAUCCUGCCGGGUUCAGAUUGACUCUUCAUUGCUCAGUAAUCUAGGUAUUAUAGUGCUGCUGUAUUUUGUGAUAGUUUUUCUCAGUUUUGAUGUUUUUACGUAUGGCAUUGUAUUUUGGAACUUAAUAAUUAAGAUUUAAUUUGGAAAAAUAUGCCCUCACACAACGUAUAAGAAUGAAGGGCACUUUCUUUGAUCGAUCCAUGUUGCUAGACUUCAGUCAAACUCAUUGCUUAAUAGACACACAAAUUUUUUCCUUGAGAUUUGAAAAUAAGUAAAGAUUCUUGGAAGAAUUGUAGAGAAAGGGUUCUGAUGUGGUGAGAAAUAUCUGUGGAGUCUUACCAAACUUCAAAUGUAUUUAUAGAUCAUUAUUUUGAGCAUACGGAAGGGUUUGAUAUGCAAUGAGUCUCAAAAAAGAAUCAGCAUUAAAUUUUUACAAUGAUUAUCAACAACCCAUUCAACCGGCACCUUGGAUACCCUGAAUUUUCCGUGAGAAUUAGAAGGGUUGGAGUUUCAAGAGACAUUUUCCUUACUUUCAUCCACAAUGUUCUAUCAAUGAGUGAGGAAUCUCCUUUGGCAAUCUCUUACAGAGUACUCCUUCUGUCCCUUAAAACAAGUUUCAUUUUGGUUUACGAAGUUUGACUGGUGAUAAAGUUAAUGGAUCCCUUUGAAUACUCAGAUGAUUUUUAAGCUUAUAAAAUUUACAUAAUCAGAAAGUGUAUUAAAAGUAUUAUAACCGCGCAAAGAAAUUUCAAAUUUGAUAAAAGGGUAAUAUAUAAUGUAAAAGAUUCAGAGCUAUUUAAGUUGGCCACAAAUAGUGAACAUGUACUUCUUUUAGGGAAAGAGGUGGACAAAUAGGUGGACAAAUACGAAAAGAGUGAUAUAUUAGAGUUUAUUACAUGAAUAUUACUACUAGAAAAUAGGUGGACAAAAAAAUGACUAGUCGGUCUGAAACGUAUGUGUGAAAGAAAUAAAGAAUACCCAACAAAUCAAAUGUCAUUCUUGCCCCGGACUGUUACAAAACAAAAGAAAUUGAAGGCUAAAAUUCUGGAUGAGAGGCGGGUGCGUCGAGGAGGAAAUCAUGGAGAUUACUAAUCAAGUAAAAUAGUAGUCUGGGAAACUUCAGAAGCGGAAUCAAACGCAACUACAUGGGACGGAGAAUACGAAGAGCUGUGCAGCAGUAAUGUUGAUUUAUGGAUAUAGCGUGUAUUCCCCAUCAUCAAGCAGCCGCCGUAGACUCGGAGCUGCAAUGCAAUAUGUGGCGACAGCCUCCUCAAUUUCAAGCCUCAAAUUAGUCCCCUGGCGAAAGGACCAAAAGCUAGACGAAGCAAUCGAGAAGGACAAGAAAUGGAGGUUGUGCGCAAGGGUGGUGAGAGAGGUGAUGAACGAACCCGGUCAGGCAAUUCCUCUCCGAUACUUGCAGAAACGGCGGGAGAGGCUCUCUCUCCGUGUUAACGUCACAACUUUCCUUUCACAAAACCCGGGGUUGUUCGACAUAUAUAAGGAUCGGAUCCGACCUAAGUCUGAACCCGUCCCAUUCCUACGGGCAAGUACGGGUCUGAGGCGAUUCCUGGAAGAAGAGAAGAGGAUUUACAUCCAAAACGAGAGCUUUUUAGUUUGUAAGCUGUGUAAGUUGCUGAUGAUGGCUAGGAAUAGAGUGAUUAGCGCAGGUAAAUUGUUGGAGGCCAAGAGGGAAUUCGGGUUCCCAAAUGAUUUUUUAGUGAAUCUGGUUCCCAGAUACCCAGAAUAUUUCAGGUUGUUAGCGGGUAGUGAGGGGAAAGCGUUCUUGGAAUUGGUGACUUGGAAUGAGGAUUUUGCAAAAUCAGUGAUCGAACAGAGAGCAGAGGAAGAGUCAAGGUUAACUGGGAUAAGGGUGAUGCCGGCAUUUGACUGGAUCCUUCCACCGGGCUUCUUCUUAAAAAAGGAAAUGAGGGAAUGGGUGAGGGAUUGGAUGGAACUGCCUUAUGUAUCCCCAUACGCGGAUGUCUCAAACUUGGAACAAUGUUCGAGAGAGAUGGAGAAGAGAACAGUGGGAAUCUUCCACGAACUGCUUUCCCUAUCUAUUCACAAGAGGGUUUCGAUUCCAGUUCUAGGGAAGUUUGGGGAGGAGUACAGGUUUUCAAACGCAUUCCCCAACCUGUUCGGGAGGCAUCCGGGGCUGUUUUACGUGUCUUUGAAGGGAGGGAUCAAGACGGCUAUGCUCAGGGAAGCUUACAAGGGUGAUCAGCUGGUUGACCGGGACCCACUGCUUGAGAUUAAGGACAAGUUUAUUGAGCUGCUGCUUGCUUGAUGACUCAAGUGUGUCCUUGUUUUGUAUUUUAAGGGAUAGAGGUUGUGUUGUGCAUUCACUGCAUAACAGGGAUCGAUACUGAGCUGUAUUGCAUUCACUUAAAUUAGUCACUUUUAUGUGACUAUUUUCACCACCUUUCUCACCUAUAGAAUCUGUGAGUAAAUCUAGUGUUUGUCACCACUUUUAUCACUUUAAAUAGUUAGUGACAAAUGGUUGAAAAAAGUCAAAAACUGAACCAUAUUACCGCAUACGUCGUAUAACGUAACGUACCGCUUAGAUGAGUUUUGCUAGGUGUACACAUGUCUGUC